CCGCCUCCGUCAAGGCACGGCAGUCGCCACUGCGGGAGCGACUCGGCGGAGCGGAGCCCGCGCUGCGGGGGUUUGGGGCGCGGCCGCAGGCUCCGCCCGCUCGCUCCACCCGGGUUGGGAGGUAGGCUGCGGCGGGGACAUGCCCCGGCUCCCUGGGCCAGGGCCGAGAGCGCGAGCGGCGGCGCUGCAAGCGAGUCCAGAGCAAAAUGUCAUCAGUGGACUCACACCAGGAGCAGCUGUCCCAGUCAGAUCCCUCCCCUUCAUCAAACUCCUCCAGUUCCUUUGAGCUGAUCGACAUGGAUGUUGGCAGCCUGUACGAACCUGUCUCUUCACAUUGGUUUUAUUGUAAGAUGAUAGAUUCUAAGGAGCUAUGGAUCCCUUUCAACUCCGACGACUCCCAACAGCUCGAAGAGGCUCAUGGCUCUGGGAAAGAUUGUAAUGAGAGAGUUGUUCCCACGGAUGGGGGCAGAUAUGACGUUCACUUAGGGGAAAGGAUGCGGUAUGCUGUGUAUUGGGACGAACCGCCAUCAGAAGUGAGACGAUGUACUUGGUUUUACAAGGGAGACAAAGACAAUAAAUACGUUCCCUACUCAGAGAGCUUCAGCCAAGUUUUGGAGGAAACAUACAUGGUUGCUGUAACUUUGGAUGAAUGGAAAAAGAAACUAGAAUCUCCAAACAGAGAAAUUAUUGUAUUACACAACCCAAAGCUCAUGGUGCAUUACCAGCCAGUUGCAGGGGCUGAUGAAUGGGGUUCAACCUCCACAGAGCAAGGGCGACCAAGAUCAGUAAAAAGAGGAGUUGAGAACAUCCCUGUUGAUAUUCACUGUGUUAAUGAUUUCCGAAGUGUUUCCUUGAACCUGCUACAGACACAUUUCAAGAAAGCCCAAGAAAACCAGCAAAUUGGAAGAGUAGAAUUUCUUCCAGUCAAUUGGCACAGUCCUUUGCAUUCUACUGGGGUAGAUAUAGAUCUGCAACGGAUAACCCUGCCCAGCAUUAAUCGUCUCAGACACUUCACUAAUGAUACAAUCCUGGAUGUCUUCUUUUACAAUAGCCCCACCUACUGUCAGACCAUCGUGGACACAGUAGCUUCUGAAAUGAACCGAAUAUAUACACUUUUUCUGCAGAGGAACCCCGAUUUUAAAGGGGGUGUAUCCAUUGCUGGUCAUAGUUUAGGUUCGCUUAUAUUGUUUGAUAUCCUAACAAAUCAGAAAGAUUCUUUUGGGGAUAUUGACAGUGAAAAGGGUUCAUUUAGAACUGUUGAGGAUCAAGGAGAUGUACCAACGUUAGAAGAAGAACUGAAGAAACUUCAACUCUCUGAGUUCCUCACUGUCUUUGAAAAAGAGAAAGUUGAUAAAGAAGCUCUGGCCUUAUGUACAGAAAAAGAUCUUCAGGAAAUGGGAAUUCCCUUAGGACCAAGAAAGAAGAUUCUAAACCAUUUCAGAACCAGAAGAAACUCAAUGGGUGUUAAUAGAUCAGCCACAUCAGCUUCAGAGGAAAACAUCCCCAAGGAAAAUGGUGACUAUCUAGAUGUUGGCAUUGGGCAGGUGUCUGUAAAAUACCCCCGGCUCAACUACAAACCAGAAAUAUUCUUUGCCUUUGGAUCUCCCAUUGGAAUGUUUCUUACUGUUAGAGGAUUAAGGAGAAUUGAUCCUAAUUAUAAAUUUCCCACAUGCAAAGGUUUCUUCAAUAUUUACCAUCCUUUUGAUCCUGUAGCAUAUAGGAUUGAACCAAUGGUGGUCCCAGAAGUAGAAUUUGAGCCAAUGCUGAUCCCACAUCAUAAAGGCAGGAAGCGGAUGCACUUAGAACUGAGAGAGGGCUUUACCAGGAUGAGUAUGGACCUGAAGAAUAACUUGCUGGGUUCACUGCGGAUGGCCUGGAAGUCUUUCACCAGAGCUCCAUAUCCUGCCUUACAAGCUUCAGAAACAGCAGAAGAAACCGAGGCAGAACCUGAAUCAAGUUCAGAAAAGUCCAGUGAAGUCAACACAGAAGAGACACCUGUGGAAGUUAAAGAAGAGCUUCCAAUCAAUGUGGGAAUGCUGAAUGGUGGCCAGCGCAUUGACUAUGUGUUGCAGGAGAAGCCCAUUGAGAGUUUUAAUGAAUAUUUAUUUGCUUUACAAAGUCAUCUAUGCUACUGGGAAUCCGAAGAUACAGUAUUGCUGGUUCUGAAAGAGAUCUACCAAACCCAGGGCAUCUCCCUUGAUCAGCCUUUACAGUAAAAAUGGCCUGUCUGGCUGCCUAAUAUGGACACGGAAGGAGCCUUAGCUGAAAAUCCACGUGCUUUUUGCUUCAGGUUUCUUUGCAGCUACGCCAUCAAGUCCUGCAUGUUGCCUGCCUCUUACUCCACAGGACCUUUAGAAGAUAAUCCUUUUCGGAAAUUAGUGGAGAGCAAAAGGAAGACUCAUUGCUUUGUAAAAACACUCACUAGUUUUUUUAGCUAAGGCAUUUACAUCCUUUAAUGCUUUAACAUUAAGCAGCACUUCCUUUUUUAUUACAUGGAAAGAAACACAGUCUACUUAGGGGGCUCAGAAAAAUUUGAGAGGUUUACUCUUUAUCUUUAGAAAAUGGACCAGUGUGGGAGCAUAUUCUUAAGAUUUAAAGGUACUUGGGGUCCAGUCAUUUUUUGUGUGUGUUCUUUGCACUGGAAGGAAGGCUAAGCAUAAAUGGAUAUGGAAAUAAUUGCUAUUUUUUUAAGCCAGCAUUUCUUUCCUGUGUGUAUUAUAUGAAGAUAUGACUGUAGCUUACUAAAAAUAUAGUUUGCUCUAAACACUGUCAGCUAAGCUUACUGUAGGACUCACUGGUGCUGUUCUGUUUUUACAACUGCUUCAGCUUCUGUAAAUGUGAAGGUGGUGUGGAUUGUGUGCCUGCCCUUUUACACCAUAUUCCCAACGGGGGUGAUGUGGGAGUGUCAUAUCAACCUGUUGAUUUCAUUGGCUGAGCAAUAAAAGAAACUGCUUGGCUAGCCCUGAUAGGUUAGAACAUAGAGGGGAGGAGAAAACAGAAUAGUAUGCUGGGCGGAAGAGGAAGUGAGGUCAGACUCUGUGCUGCUUCCAGAGGGACCGGACAGCCGCCAUGCUCUGCUCUCCCAGGCAGCUGCAACCCACGAUUGACUUAGGCUAGAAUCUUCCCGGUAAGCGCUCCUUGGGGUGCUUACACAGAUCAUUAGAAAUGGGCUAGUCCAGGUGCGAGAAUUAGCCUGUAAGGGCUAGAGUUCAUGGGCCAAGCAGUUCUUAAAUGAAUACAGUUUGUGUGUUGUUAUUUCGGGCAUGAGCUAGCCAAGCGGCCGGGGUGUUGGGGACGCAGCCCUGCCGCUCUUAUUUCAACACGGGGGUGCGCUUUGAGUAAGUUCUUUGAUAAUACUUACCUUGAAGGUGAAGUUGUAAGAUUGGUCAAUUAUGUGGCCCAUCCCAACUGUUCAUUUGUAGAUGUGAUCUUGUUGUAGCACCAAUUUAAGUCACCUGCUACUAGUUGAGUAAAGGAAGUAUUGUGAUGGAAACAACCUUGCCUUCCAAGGUCUCGUCAAAAUGUUUACUUAGAGUUGGCAGUCAGUAUUAGUUGAGCAUGCAGGUUAGCAGGGGAAAGACCAUAUUCUGAAAGAGAACCUAUUAUACAGGGUCUGAGGAGCAGCUGUGUGCACCUGUAGCUGAAUCUAUCUUGAGGAACAAGAAUGGUUGCAUGCUAAGCUUUCCCCAAGGUAUCUGCUCAGCUUUAGGCUUCCCUCCCUCUUCAGCAUGUGUGUGCUCUCCUUCUCUGAUAGUCCUCUGUGCUCCUCAGAUCUCCACAGGUUUCUUAGAGUGGCAGGGGAGGUAAGCUAUGUUUUGAUUUUUGUCUUUUUUCUUUUUUUCUGUAGCCCUAUCAUGGCAUCCAGAAUCUUCUGUAUUUAAUACUCAUAGAAGCUGCCCCUUAGCAGCAGUCUGUACCCUUUUUGGUACAGAACAGAAAGGAGGUUAAUCACUGUGCCCUGGAGGUUACAGAGGCAAGCAUGGAUACAGUCAAGCCUAGCCUUCUGCUUAUGGAUAAUGCUGGAUAAGCAAACUACUGAGAAGUGCCAGGUGUGAUGGGGUUUCUCUGUAAAAUAGUCCUGGCUGUUCUGGAACUCACUUUGUAGGCCAGGCUGGCCUUGAACCCACAGAGAUCCACUUGCCUGGGCCUCUUUUGUGCUAGGAUUAAAGGUUGCACCACCAUUUGCCUGGCUUACUUUUUUUCCCCCAGUAUCUCUUGGAUAGGAAUUAUUGAGAAUUAAGUAGUAUUAAUUAAAUACUAAAGGGUUUUUGUCAAAUCACCAUCUUCAGAUUUGUUUACUCUUGUUAGCAGAAUUGUUACUACUUAAGAGUAAACCAAAGUACAACCAAGAAUGACUUCUUGUAACCAAAGAUGGGCAGCAUGGCCCCGGAGAGCUAGAUAAACCACUGUGCUACGCCAUGCUUCUCCCUGGCAGUCCGGGAGUACAGUGAGGAAAGAGGCAAGGAGCCUGAGUUUAGUUACAGGGCAUUUGCCCUGCAUCCUUUGUAUCAUGUACAAUGUGCUGACCAAGGCUGUUUUUAAAGGCUAGUGUAACAGCAUUUUGUCCAGAUUCCUGACUGCAGCGUUAGACCAUUUCAAGGGAAGAUGAGGAAUAGCACUGAUUACCUUUCUGAUAUUUUGCACUUUUGAAAUGUUUGUUUUAUAUGUGAUUAUAUUUAAGACUUUAGUAAAUGCUGAAAUAAAACUAAACUGACCAGUUA